UUUCUUUCAAUUUUGAUUCUAAAAUGUUGGGCUAGUUGCAGUGUAAGCUGAACAAAGCAUUUCAGUUGAGAAAACCAUUGAAGUUAAAUUAAAGAGAAAUUCGAAAUAUGUGCUAAUAUGCUUAGAAAAUCAUAAGUUGCAUAGAGAUUUAGCUACUGUAUCGGGUUUUAGAUAAAAUUUUACCAGCAUCAUUAUUUUGAUCUUGAAUUGCUUCGUGACAGUGCUUAUGAAUUCCAUAACAAGUUUUUUAACUCGAGACUUUAUGCACUACGUUUUACUGGAUUUUGUUUAAUGAUGCUUUAUUUGAUACAGUUUGAUGUGCUUUUUAGAUCACAUGCUUCAGAUGAGAUGGAUCAGAGUAUUCAGAAGAAUACGGUGAGAACAGGUUAUGUUAGGUUUUUCACAAUCAAGUGUUUCUUCCCAAAAUUCUCGAGGAACCAAAAGGAAGUAGGUUUCAAAAGAAGAUGCUGUGUUGGUUGCCUGUAUGGUCGACUUGCACAAUGUUGGAACCUUUAAUGCUGAUACGGGAUUCAAAGUCGGUUAUUUAAAUGAGUUGGAAAAAAUGUUAGAAAAAGUUUUACCCAAUGCCAUGUUGAAGGCUAAACCUAAUCUUGAAUCGAGGAUUAGGACAUUGAAAAGGGAUUGGUCAAUCGUUUAUGACAUGCUUAGUGGAAAAGACAAUAGCGGUUUUGGUUGGGAUGAGCAGAGGCAGCUUGCUGUUGUUGAAGAUGCGGUGUGGAACUCAUAUAUAAAUAGUCAUAAAGAAGUCGGUCAAUUCAAACAUCGUAGUUUCCCUUAUUAUGACCAACUUACUGCCAUCUACGCAAAAGAUCGAGCCACUGGGAAAGAUGCUCAAACAGUCACUAAUUUUAUUGAAGAAAUAGAUGUUGAGGAUGUAGCUACUACAAAUAUUCAUGAAGAAAGAAACGAUUUCUAUGGAUGCAAAGCUGAUAUUUCUUUGGAUGACAUGGAUGUUUCAGUUACACACCCGCAGCCAGCUAGAAACCAAGGUGAUUCCACAUUUUCAAAGAAGAAAAAAAAAAUUUUUUGAUGCAAAUGAUCAUAUUUCUUCUACUUCAUUUCAUGAUGCUGCCACUUUAUUGGCGAAAAACAUACGGACCGUUGGCGUUGAAAUUAGUAGGAGUAUUGCCUCCGAAGUGCUAAUUCAACAAAAGUCAGAAAUGACCAUUUAAGAAAGAGCUCUAAAUUUAUAUCCAACAUUAUGUAAAGUAGAAGGUUUAACUGAGAAUGAGCGCUAUCGCGCAUUGAGCAAAAUUCCAGAUCAUCCAACGCAAAUGCUCAUUUUCUUUAGUUUACCUUCUUCUGUGCAAUUGGAAUGGGUCAGAAGAUUUCUUGCUGACCAUUAAAAUCAUGGUUGUGUUGAUGAUAUUUUGGUAACUUUUUGUGUUUGUAAUAUUUGAUAGUAUAAUGACAUGAUAGAAUGUCAUUACAAUGUUGUAACUUUUUGAUGUUGUAAAAUUUUAUAACAUAUGGAUUAUGACAUAUAAACUAAUGAAAUCAUGUAAC